AAUCAUCUGACAUUUUUCACGAGCAAAAUUUCGUCUUUUUCUCUCUAGUGUUCCGGAAACUGAAACAGUGCGGGGGAGGAAACGUGGAGUAAAAGAAAAGUUGAACCCCCCGGGGUUGCGCCAUGGUUUGGCCCGGUUGCCUAGGAGACCGAGAGUAACAGCCGCGGCGAGCUGGGCGCGCGGAGUGAUGGCCACGUUAGCGCGGCUGCAAGCUCGCUCCACGAGUAUGGGGCAGCAGUACUACUACAGGAACAGUGUUGUGGAUGUCUUUCGGAAAAAGGAGAAUGAUGCAGCAAUUAAAAUCCAGAGCUGGUUCCGAGGAUGUCAAGUUCGAGCAUACAUCAGGCACUUACACACAGUAGCAACAACCAUUCAAAAGUGGUGGCGAGGUUACCUAGGCAGACGACGUUAUCAACUCAUUGUCAAGUUAGCAUAUUAUACUAUGAAGAUGAAUUUCUACAAUGCAAUGGCUGUCAGGAUCCAGAGGCGAUGGCGAGGCUAUAAGAUUCGGAAAUACUGCUUUAAUUAUUAUUAUUUGAAGGAGUACCUGAAAGCUAUUUCAGAGACCAAUGAUGCAAUUCGGGAGGCACUGGAGGAGUUUGCAGAGAUGAAGGAAAGAGAGGAGAAGAAAGCCGACCUCGAAAGGGAAGAGAAGAAAAGAGAUUACCAAGCCCGAAAGACGCAUUACCUCCUGAGCACAAAGCAGAUUCCAGGUAUAUACAACUCACCAUUCAGGAAAGACCCUGACCCGUGGGAGCUGAGGUUACAGAAGGCAAAGCCUUUAACGCACCGAAGACCUGAAGUUAAGCAGACGCACUCCGUCAGCCUUAGCGACUGGCUGGCUUGUACCAGUGCCCGGUCCUUUCCUCGGUCCGAAGUUCUGCCGCCCAUCGAUAGGAAACCAUGUCAGGGUCCCUUCCGCCCUGUCGCUGAAGUCCUGGAACAGCGCUACCGGCCCCUGGAACCGACGCUGCGGGUGGCAGACCCGCUGGACGGGCUGAAGGAGGCCAGACAGCAGUUGCAAAGGCAGGAAUGGGCGCGGAAUGUGAAUGACAACAUGUUUUUGCCGUUUUCCUCCUACCAAAAUAAAAAGUACAUCCCAACACUGCAUUUAUCAAGCAAGUAUGGUUCUGAUUCUUAUGGAAGGCAGCAUUUCCGAGAUGAAAAUCCUAAAAGAUGGAUCUGUGACAAGGAUUUCCAAACUGUAUUACCAUCAUUUGAUCUCUUCUCAAAGUAUGGAAAGUUAUAUUCAAAAGCUGGACAAAUUGUGUAAAGAAGACAAGACCAAAUGUAAAAAUGAGGAUGCAGUGUGAAGUGAGUGUUACAUAGAAGACCCCACUGCCUGGAACCCUGGAUCCUACCUCCAUGGCUGCUGAAUGA